AUGGAGCUGGACCUGCCAGUCAGCUCUCCGCUUGAUGUGGAUGCCUUUGCAGUGACCGUCAGCCCAGCAGCGCUGCUCUCUCAGUUUGGGCGUGGGGCGUACAUCACCCUUGCCAGCUACGCCAAGGACUUUGAUGACCUGGAGCACUUCAGCAGCUGGAUCCACUUUGGGACGCUUGGCGUGCUCUUCCGUUGCCAUCCACAGUACACGAUCCCACUCCUUGAGCAUCUGCGUGGUGCACCGCAGCACAGCAAGGUGUACAAGAACGAGCACCCAACUGCGUUUGCAAUGGGGGAGCCGAUGCUGUCCCUUGGCAUCGUGGUCGAUGCCCUGCAGGCCAUCGGCUGCACAAGCGUGCGCCUGCAGGGCUACGGCAUGAAGGUGCCGCUGCAAAAUUUUCAAGACCCUUCGGCGUUCGCUGUACGCUCAGGCUACAGGUGCUAUCCCUCUGCCCUGAGGGUCGGCAUGGGCUACGGCGGCCUGGAGUUCCGGUCCAGCUCCCGGCGUGACGGCAUCAGCCACUUCAAGGCCUACCCUGUGCUGGUGCAUGUCCUCAAGGGCGUAGCACAGCGUGCAGGCCAGGGAGGGCAGCCGAUGGACGUGUCGACGGUCAAAGAGAGGAUCAAGACGCUCAAGGGUUAG